GAUCAGCAGCAGCAGCAGCAGCAGGAACAUCUUCAAACGUCAGGGAAACGUGUCGUCAUCAUGUUGUCGUUGUGGGACAAUCUGGAAGAUCUGCUGGAUUCUGACUGUCCUGAAAAUCAGGCAGGAACGGUCAUUCAUCACGGAGAAUUUGAUCCGAAACAAGACGCUCAGACUCUGAAGGAAGCCAUGGACGGGAUCGGAACUAAAGAAGAUAUUCUGAUCGACAUUUUGACUCACAGAGACAACGCUGAGCGUCAGCUGAUCCGCAAAGCUUAUCAGGACGCCACAGGCAAUGAUCUGGUGGACGACCUUCAGAGUGAGACCCGCGGUGACUUUGAGGACCUGGUGGUGGCGCUGGUGAGAACUCCAGCAGAGUUUGACUGUCAUGAAGUGAUGGACGCCAUCAAGGGAGCCGGGACCAAAGACAGCGUCCUCAUUGAGAUCUUUGCGUCCAGAACCAACCAAGAGAUCAAAGCUCUGAACGACGUCCACCUCAAAGAGAAAGAAUAUUUGCUGAUUCGAGACCUGAGGGACGAACUGAACGGAGACAUUCGUAAAGCGAUGCUGCUCCUGGUGGAGGGAGAAAGAGACGAGAGCGCGGACGUGAACGAACAAGAGGCCGUCCAAGACGCUGAGGCGAUGUACCAGGCCGGAGAGGAUAAGUGGGGAACAGAUGAAUCCACGUUCAUCGAGAUUCUCUGCAAGAAAAGUUUCCCUCAAAUCAGACGAACUCUUGUCAAGUAUAAGAACAUCAGCGAGAAAAGUCUGCAGAAAAGCAUCGAGUCAGAAAUGUCCGGAGAACUGGAGGAGCUGAUGGUCGCCAUCGUCAAGUGUGUGAAGAGCAGACCCGCUUACUUUGCAGAGCGACUCCACGACAGCAUGGAGGGCAGUGGAACCUGUGAGGCGACCGUCUGUCGCAUCAUGGUCAGUCGCUCUGAGAUCGACCUUAAAAACAUCAAAGCCGAGUAUAAGAAACUGUACAAGCGCUCGCUGCUGUCUGACAUUGAGAAAGAUUUGUCGGGACACGUCGGCGACUGUUUGAAGGCGAUCUGUGGACCGGACGACGACUGACCUUUGACCCUUGAUCAGCAGUCUGAGGGCGAAGCCUGUGUCUUCACAGGGAAAUAAAUAAUAAUGAUUUUAAACAUGAAAA